AUACUUUAGUUUUUUAUUACGCUAUUUACUCGUGGGAAAGAUUGGUAAUGAAAAAGAAAUGGGUCUUGUUCUUCACUUCAUUUUCUCCUCAUUGUCAUCAAGCUGAUCGUCUCCGCCUCACUGUUCUCGUCAUCGCCGUUCUCGUCAUCGCCGUUCUCGUCAUCGCCGUCCUCGUCAUCGCCGUCCUCGUCAUCGCCGUCCUCGUCAUCGCCGUCCUCGUCAUCGCCGUCCUCGUCAUCGCCGUCCUCGUCAUCGCCGUCCUCGUCAUCGCCGUCCUCGUCAUCGCCGUCCUCGUCAUCGCCGUCCUCGUCAUCGCAGUCCUCGUCUCGCCGUCAUCGCAGUCCUCGUCUCGCCGUCAUCGCAGUCCUCGUCUCGCCGUCAUCGCAGUCCUCGUCUCGCCGUCAUCGCAGUCCUCGUCUCGCCGUCAUCGCAGUCCUCGUCUCGCCGUCAUCGCAGUCCUCGUCUCGCCGUCAUCGCCGUCCUCGUCUCGCUGUCAUUGCCGCCGUCGUCUUUGGUGUCUUCAAGCUGAUCGCCUUAGCCUUGCCAUCGUCACUUCGCUGUCUUCGCUUCACCGUCAUCGAGCUAAUCGCCAUUGCCGCAUCAUCGUCGUUCGCGCACGUCUUCGCCUCAUCCCCCUCAUCGUGGAGCCUCGCGUUUUGGUAUUGUUUUGUUUUGUAUUGUCGUGCAGUGUAAGCUAACCCGUUGGCUGCCACCCAUUUUUCUCCCAUUUUUUUUUGUAGCUGUAGGGACCGGCGGGCGCUGUUCUACCCCUAGGUUGAUCACCUAUUGGGGUAGGGCAGUCGCCUUGCGCCUUCGGGCGCAUUAGGCAAUGCACCAGUAGGGCCUUCUCUUUGUCGAUUUGAUCGUGGAGUAACCCGGGGUGUGCAUUCCCAUAAAGGUCUCCACCGUCAAAUCAGCCCGGACUUGUCGAAAGACAAGUCCCCCUUGCAUCGUCUUCCAUCUGAAGCGAUGGUAGAGACUGUAGAAGAACAACCUACGGGUUGUAAUGGCUUGGCAGCCAACGGGUUAGCUUAAGUGUUU